AAUACAGAGAUACGAGUGACGGGCCUCAUUGAUCAAGCUUGAUAUGAACGGAUUUAUGAGUAAAUGAGUACAUUCAAAUACCAUAAAUUCGGACAAUCGUUUCUGUCCUACUUGUGCUCCUGAGUGUGUGUGAUGUUAUGCAUAAGAAGACUAACUAAUGUAAACCUCGACCUGAUCGACUUCAAAUCAUAUACUCUGCAUGGAUUAAUGCACUUUUAUAUCUGGAACAUACUGUGGAAUUUAAACUGCUUAUUUUUAUUACGUUUACAGCUUUUAGCCGACGCCCUUAUCCAGAGCCAUGUAUAGAAGAGCUCUGGAGUCUCGAUCAAAAACACGUCGUCAUGCUAGUUCACUAGGUCACGGACUAAGAGUACCAUCGGGAACAUUUAGUGAAAACCAGUCACUUUAUUUUAUAGGCAUUAAUUAAAGAAAAUAAAAAAAAGAAAGCGAGCUGACACAAACUCUUAAUUUAAGUCUAAUAAAAUGAAUCAUUCAAUUAUGAUAAAAGAAAUGGUGGCAUAUAAAUGGUGGACGGGUCUGUCUGCCUGUCUCUCUGUCUCUCUGCAUAGAGCUGUAAGCCGUAAACAAACGCCUCAAGUGAUGGAGGAUCUAGUGCUCGCUCAUUAUUAUUAUUUUAUUAUAUGUCAUUAUUAAAUAUUUUAUAGAAAAUAACAUCGAUAGCUACUUAUCUCCAGAUAGAGAUUCUGGAGGAAAAACAAUGACGUAAGUUUCCUCACACCUCUAAAUGAAUCCCCAGGUAAUGUCAACAUUACACGCACAGAGCGUAUAAAUGCAAGACAUCAGGUGUAUACAGAUGCUAAUGAAAGUGUCACACUAUUUGGUGGGGAGAUUUUUUUUUUUUGGCUUGUUUACGCCUGUGAUUUAGAUCAAUGAAUCUGACGGAAUUGAAUCAGUCCAGUCGAUGUGAGCAUUUCUCCUGUCCAGAGAGAUCCUUAUCUCCUGCAGUUUAUAUCUUACUGUACAUGUGUUCAGCUGCUGUGGUUCUUCUAACAGUGUGUGGAAAUCUUCUCGUCAUCAUCUCUGUGUGUUACUUCAGGCAGCUUCACACACCAACAAACAUGCUCGUGCUCUCUCUGGCCACGUCGGAUUUUUUGGUCGGACUUUUCGUGAUGCCGUUCCACUUCACGUGGCUGAUCGAGUCAUGUUGGAUGUUUGGACACAUUUUUUGCAUCCUAUUUAAUUUUAUGAGUUUUCAGCUCACGAGUGUGUCUGUAGGAAACGUGGUUCUGAUCGCUCUCGAUCGUUACGUGGCUUUAAGCAAUCCGUUUCUGUACCUGAAGGAUGUCACAUCUGCAAUUGUUCACACUCUGAUCUGUUUGUCGUGGGUGUUUUCAUUUCUGUACAACUUUGUGUUUUUUUACGUGAACAGAAAUUUCACAGAUUUAUCGCUGUGUCCCGGCGAAUGUCUGGUCAAUGCUUUUGAUGAAGUCGGCUCGUUAAUCGAUCUCAUGUUCGUCGUUGUCGUUCCUUGUGCUUUAAUGCUCGUUUUGUACUUCCAGGUCUUUGUAAUUGCGAAGAGGCAUGCAAACGCUAUACGAGAACUUCAUCAAAACAUGAAAAACAUCUCCAAAAAUGUCUCGGAUGCAACGAAAUCUGAACGAAAAGCUGCUAAAGUUCUGGGAAUUCUGGUUUUUGUGUUUCUGGCAUGUUUGGUGCCGUAUUACGUCUUCGCUUUAAUGAGCACAGCACCAUCGCACUUCAUGAUCAAUAAUAUUUUAAUUGUUUUUUAUCUGAAUUCAUCCAUUAAUCCUGUAAUCUAUGCCCUGUUUUAUUCCUGGUUCCAGAAGUGCACAAAAAUGAUUUUAACUUGCAAAAUACUGCACAUGGAUUGUUCUUUUGUAAAUGUGCUCUGAAUAAACAGCUGAAUGAAGAACAAAACCCAGCCUGGUUUACGUAACCUGGUUAUGGCAUCAUUCUACUAAUGCAAAUGGGAAAACAAAUGCUUUAUUUCUUGCCAAUAAUUGUGGUAAUGCUUAAUAUUAAGGUUCCCCUAAACCACUGUUAUUUACUUCAGUAUUAAUAAACUAUAAAUAACGGUAAUAGAUUCUUAAGAAAACGUUCAAAAAAUUGUAGCAAAAAAAGACUGAAUGUUGGUACCUUCUUGAGCUCUCUGCUCCGUGUGUACACAACCUCACUUCUAAAUUAUAAUAAAUUAUAAUUAAGCCCUGAUUGUUAAUUUUACUCAUUAAUGGGAUAAAAAUGGUGUAUUUAAUUGGUUUAUUUAAUUAAUACAAUUGGUAGUUAUUUUGUUAAUGUUACUGAUGGAUCAUUAAUGGUUCAUUAAAGAUGUUAAAUAUAAAAAUGUGUAUAAAUUUGACCAAUUAAGGGAACCUUAAUGUAAAUAAUUACCUUAAUAAUUAUUAUAAUCAAUCAGUCUUUCUGCAUUUUGAAUUUCUACAAAUUGCAUUAAUUAAAGAAAAGCAGUCUAAUCAAUUAUUUUGUAAUGUUAUCAUCGUUCAUUGUUGAUCCAAUGCCUUAAUAAUGGAAACCACUUUUUGUUAUUUAUUGCACGUAUACAUUCCACGUUAGAGUUGGCCAAGGUUUGGAAAUGCUAGAAUUUGGGUUCAUGAUUAAGUUUUAUAAUGUUCGAUACUUUUAUACCUAUUUUGUUCAUUCUAGCCAGUUUUUAUUAUUAUAGCACUUUUAACAACACACUGUCACAAAGCCACUUUACAUGGAUCCAGAUAUAGAUUUUGUUAACAAUAAAUAACCUAGUGAACAUUCCAGAGGUGCCAGUGGUGAGGAAAAAGUCCCUGAGACAACAUGAGGAAGACACUGUGAGAGGAAGCAGACUCUGUGUGACACCGGACUGUGGGAUUCUAAAUCAUUAUGUUUUACAGGUGUAGAAGAGUAAAGACAGUUUGAGCAGGUCGUGUGUGAUUGUGAGUCCUGGGAUGAGCACAAAACAGCCUUUAUCAUUACAGCAGCAGCUCGAGUACAAAUGUACAGUAUUCAGCCGACAGUAGGGUGAGACUGUUUAUGGGAUGAAAACGUAUGGCUGAUGAUACAAUCACAAAAUUGAUCAAUCAAUUGACCUUUGACCCAAGGUGCUGUGGUAUGAGCAGCCUUGUGUUUGAACAAUCAUAGAAUUAAACUAUAGAGAGAACGAACUGGAAUCCUCUGCACUGAAGUCCCUGAUAGCUCUGGAGAUCGCAAUGACUGACACUCAUAAACUCAUAAACUGAUAAAAGGAGCUCUUUAGUAGCUUUCAAAUGAUACCAUUUCUGCUGCCUCUGCGAUCUAUGGUGUCAGAGAAAGAGGCCACAGAAUUGGGCAUUUUAGCCAACUUUGGAGCUCUAUUUUUGGAUAAAAUGACACCUCAGGUGCUGCCACGGAGCUUAAUUAUGUUUAAAUGAUUCAUUCUCAAAGUCCCCAGGUAAUACACGUUGUAUAAUCAAUCAAUGAAUCUUUUUGGACAAAAAGUCUGGAACACGGGAGCCUGGCCACCAUGGCCGACCUUGGUGUGCUCACAUGGGCUUGCCCUCUUGGUCGUCAACUGGUGAACCGCAGACCAGAUACAUACUCAGCAAAGUAUUCAGCAGACCAGUACUUGAAAAAAUACUGCAGCAGACCCGAUAAACAUGUGGCCAUAUUUCAGUGACUGGAUUUCUUAUAUUUUAAGUCACAUUUAUGCAAUUUAUUUAACUGAAGACAUCUUAUCUAACCAGAGGCUGGCUACUCGGCUAGAGACAGCAGAUCAGGUAGGGAAGGGUAUCCACAGAUCUACCUUGGUGUUUCGCCUAAUUCAUCUUCUCUGGUCUGAUUAGUGAGUUGAUGAACAGAUGAAUGGACAGAAAAGUAUUCAGAGAUAUUCAAUUUGAUCCCCUAGCAUCAAAUUGUAAAUGGUCUAAAACAUGCCUAGUUGGCCUUUACAACUUUUAGUUUUAUAACAUAAUCAUGUACUCCAAAAAAAUCCUGUUGUUAUAUUUUCUGUUUGAUACGUCAACCAAGUUCUUUAUGAAUAUUCACUUUUUUAGGAUAUUGAGGUGUUUUAAAAUUGUUGUUUGCAUAAACAACAGGUACGCUUCAGGAGCAGGACAUCACAUGCACAAAGCUGUCUAUAGACCUUUGGGGCAUGACCGUUUUCUACGCUAUAAAAGUGCCAGACCUGCCUGAGCCAUAACUCAUUGACAUAUGAAAUUAUUUAUACCG